CCAAGAACUCAGGCCGGUUAUCCUUUUGAUACUUUAAGAAAUUCUUCACGGAACAACUAUCAAAUAAUUUCGCAGCCUGUGUCGUUUCCUAUCAUAUUACCUGAACAACUAUCAAAUAAUUUCGCAGCCUGUGUCAUUUCCUAUUAUAGUACCUGCCCAUUCGUUCGAUCCAUCGUAUCAAACUAAACGGGGUUUGGAAUUCCAAGGUUGAUUGGGCAGCUCAGCUCCUCUAUUUGGUAGCUGUGUUGGCGUAUAAAACAUUUGUUACGACUCUUGAUUCCAUAAAAAACCAUUAAAACACUCUUCAAUUUCAUUCCAUCUUUACUCACCCAGAAGGAGAUACGCAAUGGGCAUGGAUUUGGGAAACAUAGCAACGAGGUGGAGAUCAUUGCAGGGCAGCAACAAUUGGGAAGGUCUAUUAGACCCCCUCGAUUUAGACCUCCGUAAGAACAUACUCCUCUACGGAGACCAUGCGCAGGCGACCUACGAUGCCUUCAACGACAAUCGCCACUCAAAAUACGCGGGCAGCAGCAGGUACGGCAAGAGCAGAUUCUUCGACCGACUGGGCUUAAAGUCCACCUGUGGCUACGACGUCUCACGUUUCCUAUACGCCACAUCAAAAAUGGACGGACCGGGGGCCAUGGUUAUAAAGCCCUUGUCGCGCGAAGCCUGGAGCUCCGAGUCCAACUGGAUGGGCUACGUGGCCCGAACUACGGACGCCGGUGCGAAUCUGUACGGGCGGCGAGAUAUAACGGUUGCGUGGAGAGGAACGGUCCAGGCAUUGGAGUGGGCGGAGGAUUUCAAUUCCGGGCAAGUCCCGAUUUCGAGUCUCCUUCCGGAGGAGAGAACAGAACUGGACGAGAGGGACGUUGAGAAGCUGGUGAGAAGGGGGGCAGCCAAGGUUCAGCAAGGGUGGUAUGAAAUCUAUACGUUGGCAGAUCCCAAGUCGCCCUUCAAUAAGAGGAGCGCAAGGGAACAGGUUUUGCGGGAAGUGAAGCGCUUGGUGGAGCUCUAUAAAGAUGACCCACAUGAUUUGAGUAUCACUUUAACUGGCCAUAGCCUGGGGGCUGCUCUCGCAACGCUCUGCGCAUUUGAUAUCGUUAUAAACGGGUUGAAUAGAUCUAAAGAGGGAGAAUCUUCGAUUCCUGUGACUGUGAUUGGCUUCGCCAGCCCAAGGGUGGGGAACUCUGAAUUCAAGCAGAGCGUGGAGAAAUUGCUUCCUGAGCUUAAAAUACUGCGCGUUACGAAUUCCCCUGAUUUGGUCCCUCUGUGUCCCAUGGUUGGGUAUGUGGAUGUUGGCGUGGAGAUUCGAAUUGAUACUCGCCAGUCGCCAUUCCUUAAAGGUUUUGGGGAUGCCGUUUGUUGGCAUAAUCUGGAGGCGUAUUUGCAUGCUGCGGCGGGCACGCAGGGGAAGGAAGAUUUUAAGCUGGUGGUGGAUCGAGAUAUUGCUCUGGUGAACAAGUGGGUGGAUUGGCUGAAGGAUGAAUACUUGGUCCCUCCCUCAUGGUGGAUUGAGAAGAACAAGGGCAUGGUCCCGGGCGCUGAUGGGCACUGGCGCAUGGCCCAGCCCUUGGACCACGAUAUUCCUCACCCUGAAGAUGACGAUGACGACCUAGACUAAUGCACCCAUCAUAAGUCGCUACAAAUCAAGUAAAAAAAAACUCCACUGAUUCAAAAUAUCUAUGUUUUUAAUGCAGUUAAUUGUUCCUUCUAAACAACACAUAUUACUACACAUAUUACUAGGGAAUGGCUAUCUAGUCUUAUAAUGUAUCAAACAUCUAUUAUAAUGUAUUUAUAAUAAAAGAUAGUGAUGUCUUGAUGCAUUCUAGGAGUUGGAUAGUCGUUGCUAAAACAACAAUCUUUCUAAUAGAUUAUCAAUUAAAAAUCAACUUAUUCAAAACUCUUUUGAUAUUCAAAAUAUCUAUAUUUUUAAUCUAGUAAAUUGUUCAUUUACCUUCUAAAAAGUGGGGUAAAAAAAUAAAAUCUUAUCACAUAAG